UUUGAAGUUUGUUCGCUAGUGGACAUGGGUCGGGCAGUGUGACGUUUGCUAUCGUUGAUUCUGUCUCGUUUUGACUUUGUCCGGCCUUGAGGUUACUGGUUAAGUGAAGGCAUGGCAGCUGCUGUAAGAAAUAGAAUUAGUUUUAUUAGUCAAAAUUACAUAAAAUCGUUUAUAACUAAUUCGGCCAAACCACAUCUUCAUAAACGUCGUCUUACAUGGUUUCACACUUCUUCUGUUUUCAAUGUGGUCGGACAGGAAGUGAAAAUGCCUUCUCUCUCUCCAACAAUGACAGAAGGGAAAAUUGUCAAAUGGCUAAAAAAAGAAGGUGAUGCUCUAGCUCCUGGUGAUGUUCUGUGCGAGAUACAAACUGACAAAGCUGUCAUGUCAUUUGAGACAGAAGAAGAAGGCAUCCUAGCAAAAAUAUUGGUACCUGAGAAUUCGCCAGAUAUAAAAGUGGGUACUCUGAUAGCAUUGACAGUUUCGGAUGGAGAAGACUGGAAAACAGUGGAGGCCCCAGGUGGAGGUGGUGGUAGCUCUCCUACAUCAGCGUCUGCUGAGGUACAGUCACCCCAACCAACAGCGACCUCGGGAGGUAGUGUUCCAGGACAGGAAGUAAAAAUGCCAUCACUAUCCCCAACAAUGACAGAAGGAACGAUAGUAAACUGGCUCAAGAAGGAAGGAGAAAAAGUGUCCCCUGGUGAUGUUCUCUGUGAAAUACAAACAGACAAAGCAGUCAUGUCCUUCGAGACUGAAGAGGAAGGGGUACUGGCCAAGAUAUUGGUGCCUUCAGGAACCAAGGAUGUGAAGGUUGGAACGCUAAUAGCUCUGCUGGUGGGGGAGGGGGAAGACUGGAAGGAUGUAGCUGUUCCAGGAGUGGCAGGAGCCCCAGCAGCAUCGACUCCCACUCCUGCGGUAGCUCAACCUGCAUUCUCUGGUGGCAGUGUUCCUGGCCAGGAGGUGAAGAUGCCAUCUCUGUCCCCUACCAUGACUGAGGGAACGAUAGUCUCCUGGACUAAGAAUGAAGGGGACAAGAUCGCCCCAGGGGAUGUUCUUUGUGAGAUACAAACUGACAAAGCUGUAAUGUCUUUUGAAACAGAGGAAGAAGGUGUCUUGGCAAAGAUAUUGGUGCCUUCAGGAACCAAAGAUGUGAAGGUUGGAUCACUGAUUGCCCUAAUUGUAGGAGAGGGAGAGGACUGGAAGGAUGUGGCUAUACCAGUGGCUGGAGCAGCCCCUGCACCAACCCCAGCAGCUGCCACCCCUCCAUCAGUUACAACUAAGACUGCUGCACCCAGCCAUGAACCUCACAACUACGGACCAGCAGUGUUGCGUUUGUUGGAACAAUACCAGCUGUCAUCAAGUCAGGUUACACCGACUGGGCGCAACAAGAAACUGCUGAAAGGAGAUGUACUUAAGUAUAUAGCUGACAACAACCUACAGCCCAAGCCGCCAAAACCUGUGCCUCCCCCUGGUCAGCAAGUACCAGCAGCUGGUGCAGUGGCUGCUGCUUCAGCAACUGAGACACCUCUACCUCCUCCCAAACCUCGUACUGGAUAUACUGACCAUGAGCUCUCUAAUAUGAGGAAAACCAUAGCUAAACGGCUAACAAUGUCUAAGACAGAGAUCCCACAUGCAUACAGUCAGGUGGAGGCACAGAUAGACUCCCUGCUGGGCUUACGCAAACAGUUGGCUCAGGUCGGCAUCAAGGUGUCUCUCAACGAUUUUGUCAUCAAGGCUGUUGCCCUGGCUCUCCGUCAGUGUCCUUACAUGAACACACUUUACAUCAACAAUCAGACAGUCCCACACCCCACUGUAGACGUCUCCAUAGCUGUGGCCACAGACGCUGGUCUGAUCACUCCCAUCAUUAAGUCUGCCGAUCUCAAGUCUGUGGACCAGAUUUCUGCAGAGGUGAAAGAGCUGGCUAACAAGGCCAGACAGGGCAAGCUGCAGCUACAUGAGUUCCAGGGAGGCAGCUUUACGAUAUCGAAUCUUGGAAUGUUUGGAAUUGCAGAGUUCAGUGCCAUCAUCAAUCCACCUCAAUGUGGAAUAUUGGCUGUUGGUGGUGGGAGAUCAACUUUCACUGGAGACUGGAAAGCAGUAACUCUUAUGACCUCUACUCUCUCGUAUGACGGCCGCGCAGUAGCUGAGGAUGAGGUGGCAGAGUUCAUGGCAGUGCUACAAGGCUACCUAGAAAAUCCAGCAGCUCUCAUGAUGCCGUCUGAAGCCAAGCUUCGUGUUGCCCCCGCUCAGUCUUGAAUGAAGUAUGGAGGAAUUGGGUUUCUUUCAGGUCUGUGUCUGUCAAUGGAAGGCGCUAAUGUGUUCAUACCAUUCUUUAGUUUGGAUGAAAAGGCAGUAGUUUCAUAACAAAAGGCUUUUUCUUUCUCUCAGGUGUCAGGACAUAAAUAUGGCUAUUGAACUCCUACUUCAUUACAGUUCCAAACUGACUUGUAGAUGGCUCAAGUGGAAGUAUAGGGAUAGUUUAAUGUUAACACUUUUAGAUGUUAAUUUUUUUAGAUAUUUUUAGCAUCUGUAAUAUAGUUAGCACUCAUGCAGGAAAUAUUUUCCUUACUGAAGUACGAAUUAAAUCUCAUGUUAAAGUCAUACCAUUUAUUUUAUUUAAUAAAGGCAUCAAUUGUGUUAGGCUGAAUCAUUGUGUGCAAUGUAAUUGCUGCUUCCUAGUUGGUUCAAAAUUAUUCUGUUACCUAUUAACUUAUUUAUAUGUAAAAUAUAUAUGUUGCAUUUUAAUUAAAAAUUUAGUUGCCAUAUUAAAUUAAAUUUCCUUUUAGACCAAUAAGUAGUAUCUAUAUCAUAGGUGACAACAAUUUUCACUGCCACUGUCUUAAAAUAAUUACAUUGUCUUUUAGCAAAAAUUAAUUACAUUUUAAAAUGAUAACUUCAUAGCGAUUAUUUGAAUAUAAAAUCUUAAAUAUUUGUAUCAUAUGUAAUUUUGUUUGCUAAAAUGUGUUUUCAAAUUAAUAUAGUCUUUUUUGAAAGAAAUAUUUCUUUUUAAUUAAAAAUGAGGGAUUGUAAUGUUAGUUUCUUUCUGUUAAUGGCUCAGUCAUUUUGUUGUAUACUUGACCUUUGACACAUGAAUAGUCAGUUCAAAUAAAUACUCAUAGUUUGUUACUUUGGUUUUGAAGAUCUUAAUCAAGAAAAAUUGCUAGUCUUAGAGUAGGUACAGGGAACAUUAGCUUUUUUGUUGUGUAUUCAAAUAUUUAUUUUUAUGUAUAAUAUUAUUUGUAUAUUAACAGUUUCAGUUUUAGUGAUUCGGCCAUAACAGGCUAAGUGUAAAAGAUAAAUUAUUGUUAAAAACAAAGAAAAAUUAUUAAAACUAUUUAUAUAUUGUACAAUAAAAUUGUUGUUGAUUUUUG